CUUUUCCCCAAUUAAAUUCUCCCCAAAUUUUUUCAAAUUACAAAAUCUGAUUCAGUCUUCUCAGGUCAGCAAGAAAAUUCAACUGUGUGCCUUCACACUUCACACUUAUAUAAUCUUGUUUAUUGAGUUCUCAAUAAACAAAUGCUUUUAGACCAUUUUAGCAUAAGGUUGUUUGAUUGUUUCCAUAAGGUUGUUUGAUUGUUUCCUUUCUCCAUCCACCCCAAGAAAGAGAAACCCCUUUUGGCCUCAUCUCAUUAUCCCACCACGAUUAACAAUCACCAAAGGUGAACAGGAAAAAGUAUUAUCCAGAAAAAGUUCGAGGGCAAGUACAAAAGGCAAGAACUUGAAGAAAGCUGCCUUUUUUCUUAACAAUUACCGAGCACUGUUUGCUGGGUUUUGGCCCAAUCAGAGAGUGGUGACAAUUCUGUUCCAAAAAAGAGAAAAGGAUUUCGGCCUGAAUAAUCCGGCCUCAAUCAGAAAAAAAAUCAUGAGAGAUUAUGCAUCUUCAUUCAGAAACUCCGGCCCGUAUACCAGCCCGGGCACACCCGAAUACGGGCUCAACAGCUCAGACCACAAAAUGCCAAAGACAUGGAGCUCAGAGCGGGUCCCACUGCCCAUCAGCAGCAGGAGGCACACAGCUGCACUAAUGCCCUUCAGCAGCGGGCGGGCCCCGCCUUCCAAGUGGGACGAUGCAGAGCGAUGGAUUACCAGCCCGUUAUCAGGCCAUGGAGGCUUCUUCAGGAGCCCGGUUGCUCAGGCCCACUACCGGAGGCCCAAGUCGAAGAGUGGGCCACUGGGAGCAUUUGAGGGUGGGGGUGGUGCUGCUGCUGCUAGGAGGUUUGCCGUGGCUAACUCGCCCCUCACGACUGGGGUUUUGGCCCCCGAACGAGUUUUAGCAGUUAGGUAUGGAAGUGGGCCUGGGGUGAAGCCCGGUUCUUUGUAUUGCGAAGGUGAUAAUAGCUUGCCCAGGUGUGGUAGUGGGCCGGGCUUGUCGGAUUUGGCUAGUGAGGGUUCCCUGCCAAGUUCUCGAGACGGUAAAAUGGUGGAUGGUUCUAAGGAGGACGAAGGUCAACUUUCACGUCGGGAUAUGGCAACUCAAAUGAGCUCCCAAGGUAGUAAUCAUUCGUCUUCAAGAGGAAGACUAUCUUUUUCAAAUUUGUCUCGCCCAAUUCCUACUUCAGAGCAGCGCGCGCACGAAAAUCCAUCUGCAAAGGACGAAAUACGUGAUGUCCAAGUGGACAAAGGCACCACCACUAUCACUAGGCACCCCAAGAAAAAAGGACAUAAGAAGAAGGAUAAGGGCUCAUCGAAUGUCGAGGGCUUGAAUUCUUGGAAUGUUGCUGAACCAUCGAAAGACAUAUCCAAAUUGCAAAGGGAAGAAGCCAAGAUAACUGCUUGGGAGAAUUUGCAGAAGGCAAAAGCUGAGGCUGCCAUUCGGAAACUUGAGAUGAAACUAGAAAAGAAGAGGUCAGCCUCGAUGGACAGAAUAAUGAACAAGCUUAAAGGCGCACAAGCGAAAGCCCAGGCCAUGAGAGACUUGCUCUCGUACCAAGCUCCAAGGCCUUCAGGCAAAGGGUUUUGUAUAUAUGUCAAGAUUUGUUCCUCCUGUACAUGCUUUCUUUGCAGCAGGCGUUGAUUCCCUUCAAAAUUAGAAACUCAAAAAUAAAAAUAAAAAUGUAGGGCUCACAUCUUCACAUCUCGAUGAAAGCCCAAGACAUCAGUCAUAUGUGGCUCAUGAAAUGUCCAUCAGUAGGGGCCCGGCCCAUUUGUAUGGAAUUCAAAUUUUGUAGAAAUAAAUGAAUGGUUGUCCUCGUGAGUUGUGAUAUUGUGAUCAAGAUAGCUGGGUCUUGAGUCCAAUCAAAGCAAUAAUCGUUAGAAUCUUCAAUGUAAAUCUUCCGAACGUGUGAAAUACUAUUGGAAGCAUUGAAUGUAAAUUUUGAUUUUCUUUUAAUGUGAUGAUUUAAUACCGUUAUUCUUAUUUUACAUAAACGUAGCCUGGAAAAA